AUGUCUCCCCGCCUGCGAUGGGCUGUGGGUUGUGUCGCAGCAGCGUGGAUCCUCAGCAUCAACCGCAACUGGCUCCUCAAGGCCCUCAACCAACGCUACAAGGGAAAGCCUGACCCAAGGCGUGAGAUUUUCAUAGUAACGGGUGGUGCGACGGGUAUUGGUGUUCUUGUAGCCCAAAAGCUCGACGCUGCCGGCGCGACCGUCGUCGUUAUCGACGUCUCUAGGCUCAGCUACACACCGGGUCGUAGAACCUCUCACAUUCAGUGCGAUGUAAGCGACGUCUCGAGUGUGGAAAAGGGAGCUGCGGAGAUUACUCGCCUCCAUGGCACUCCGACAACAUUGGUAGCAAAUGCUGGCAUCGUGCGUGGCCGCAAUCUUCUCAACGCAAGCGAUGACGACCUACGCCUCACUUUUGGUGUAAACGCAAUAUGA